AUGCACCACUGCUCAGAUUGUGGGAAGAGUUUCACUAAAUGUGCUGUUCUGAAAAGACACCAACGUAUCCACACAGGAGAGAAGCCGUAUCACUGUGAUCAGUGUGGGAAGAGUUUUACUCAACAGGGUCAUCUCAAAUCACACCAGCGUAUCCACACAGGAGAGAAGCCGUAUCACUGUGAACAGUGUGGGAAGAGUUUUACUCAUCAGAGUAAUUUUAGAAUACACCAGCGUGUCCACACAGGGGUGAAGCCGUAUUUCUGUGAACAGUGUGGGAAGAGUUUUACUCAACAGGAUCAUCUCAAAUCACACCAGAGUAUCCACACAGGAGAGAAGCCUUAUUACUGUGAACAGUGUGGGAAGAGUUUUACUCAGCAGGGUAAUCUCAGAUUACACCAGCGUAUCCACACAGGAGAGAAGCCGUAUCACUGUGAGCAGUGUGGGAAGAGUUUUAAUCAUCAAGAUAAUUUUAGAAUACACCAGCGUAUCCACACAGGAGAGAAGCCGUAUCCCUGUAAACAGUGUGGGAAGAGUUUUAGUGCUCGGCAUGCCCUCCUCAGCCACCAGCAGAGUCAUACAGGACAGAAGCUGUACCUCUGUGGACACUGUGGACGGAGCUAUGUUCAUCAACGCUCAUUAAGGAACCACAAGUGCUCUAACAUACAACCAUAA